CCAGAAAGUAAACAAGAUGGUUGGACCUUGCUUCAUUUCCUUCCUCUUCUUAAACUUGCUUCCGUUCUUUCAAACCCUAGAAGCUUCUCACUGCCCCAUCAAUGGGUUACCUCUGGUAAGGAACAUUGCUGAACUUCCUCAGGACAGUUAUGGAAUAGGAGGUUUAUCUCAUAUGACUGUUGCCGGUUCACUCUUGCAUGGAUUGAAAGAAGUUGAGGUUUGGCUUCAAACAUUUGCACCGGGGUCACGCACACCGAUCCAUAGGCACUCUUGUGAAGAAGUUUUUGUUGUUCUCAAAGGGAGUGGCACUCUAUAUCUUGCCUCGAGUUCACACAAGUCCCCUGGAAAACCAGAGGAGCACUUUAUAUCUUUGAACAGCACAUUUCAUAUCCCUGUCAAUGAUGUUCACCAGGUCUGUAAUUCGAAUGAACACGAGGAUUUGCAAGUGCUUGUGAUAAUAUCUCGGCCUCCUGUCAAAGUGUUCAUAUAUGAAGAUUGGUCCAUGCCUCACACUGCAGCAAAGUUGAAGUUCCCCUUCGUUUGGGAUGAGCAGUGCUUCCAAGAACCUCAGCAUGACGAGCUUUAGUUUUCGAAGAGCUUCAUAAACACUGCCUUGGUCCUUUUAUUUUUAAGAUGUUAUUAGCAAGUCCAAUUUGAUAAC